AUGGACGACGAUGUUAUUAUGUUCAACUGUACAUCGGAUCCAACUGCCGAAGAACUUUUUGAAUAUUUUGAGUACAAUCCCGGUGGUUUGGCUUGCGUGAUACUCGCUACCGUUAUUACCGUAAUCCAGACUAUUGUUAUGAUAGAUGGUAUCGUGUGGAUAACCAAGAAUAUUCCACACAGUGAGAGAGCGUCAUCAAUGAUCUGGAUCUACUCAGUAUGGCCGGUGUUUUGCAUAGUGUCAUUGUUUGGUUUAUUCUUACCAAGAGCCGCUCUUCUUUCAAAUGCCGCUGCCAAUUUGUUUCUAUUUCCUACAAUUUACCACUAUCUGAACUUGAUUGUGGAUUAUUUCGGAGGUGAAGAUGCAAUGAUUGGAAAGAUGAAAGACUUCCCAGUGAAGUACAAUCGGGCGCCAUGUUUCUGCUGUUGCUGCUGCGUCCCGGAGAAACUUUAUACACACGUUCUCAAGAAAAAACAUUUUGUAAAAUUGGAAGUGUUAGUAAUGCAGAUAGCGCUAAUCCGACCGUUCCUACUGUUGCUGUCACAGAUAUUCAUCAUCGAUGGGACGUUUCCUAACGACAACGCUCUAGACUACACCCAGCCAGGCCUUUGGAUUAUUAUAUUAACAAUAGUGAGUACAUUGACAGCAAUGCAAGUCAUCAGUACACUUCACAAUGCCACCAAGCCACGCCUUAAGGCCAUGCAUUACAGCACCAUACCUAAGUAUCUCGUGGUUCAAUUCGCUCUACUCAUGACCAACCUUCAGAAUGCUUUCCUUGCCUUCGCUAUGGCCGCCAUCGAGUGCGGAAACCCAUUUCCUUAUAAGUCACGUGUUGACGUCUGGAACUGCUUUCUCGUCAUCAUCUGGAGCCUCGUCUUCCAGCCAAUCUGCGUCAAGUAUAUGCGCACGCUCAAAGGGAACGUACUUUACAUCCCACAUCAGUUGAAGAGUUCCGAGUCUUACUCGGUCAUAUCACUGGCCGAAGCUACGGGAGAAGCUACCGAGGAUAUGAACGAAAACGCCCCACUGAUGACGGCGGGUAGAUUACGGAGCACGGGCGACAGUAACAUGGUCGAUAACAUUUCUUAUGGUAGCGUCAUUACGGUGUAA